CUCAGAGAGGGAAAAAGAAGACCUGCAACAUCUCACAAAGGAGACAGGCGCAGAUCAUAACACAUUUAUCCCGAGAAUAUUUGAAAUAGAAUGCGUGCCGAAUCAGCCGAUUAUCAAUCCAUGGCCGAGGUAAUCCAUUUUCAGUUCCACCAGCCUUCGCCCGUUUGUGACAUAUUGAGGUAUUAUUGGUCAGACUGCACGUCAAUCACAAUGACGUAGGAUUGGGUGUUGGACGACCCAUCACUACUUGGCAACGAUUGGCUGUAAUUCCCCACGUGGUCAUGUUUUGCUCCAUUGUAUUGGUUUUCCAGCUGGCGUGUGUGGAGAGGGCGGAGACGGUCUGUGCCGUACUCUGAUUGGCUUUGCCCGCUGGGCAGGUGUGCGGGCGGGCGUCGAGGCGCCGUCUCUAAAUGGCGAAGAGGAGUGUCGAUCAGGCGGUGUCUCCACCCACUCGGUUCGUUGUGAUGGUGGCGGUGGCGGCGAUGAUGAUGUUAAUGACGGCGGAUCCGGGCUUCCCGUCGUAGUAGAUGGUCGGCACUGCGUUGAUGGCUGAGCCAUGCCAUUCGGCGGCGGCUUGACGGUGCAUCAGAUCCUGAGCCUGGGCCUGGUCCCCCGGAUCGGCAACACGACCUGCUCUGGAAACGUCACCGCAUCUUUAUGCCAUUUCUCCGAGAUGUGGUACGCAGUGUUCCUUUGGGCGUUGCUGUCCACAGUUUUUAUCUACGUUCCUGCUGGAUUACUGGCAUUUGUAAUGCUGAGGCGCCACAAAUAUGGACGAUUCAUGUCUCUAGGUAUCCUGGCUGGAAUCUUGGGUCCAAUCACUGCAACAGUGUUGACCAGUGCAGCUAUUGCUGGUGUCUACAGAGCUGCAACAAAGCAAAUGGUGCCCCUUGAAGCUCUGGUUCUGGGAGUCGGACAGGUGUUUUUCAUUGUUGCAAUAGCCUUUCUGCGGAUUCUAGCAACUUUGUAGCAGAAGGUAUUCUGCUCAUCCAAGAGGACCUGGGGGCACAAGCCUCAGUCUCCCAACUUUCUCCACCUUGUGACUGCAUAUAGGUUGCACCUAUAUUCCUGUGGAAUCCAAACCAAGGUUCAUGCCAAUCAUUUGCUGCUCAAAUAACAGAAAUUGGCAACAGCGUGAAUGUUGUGGAUUGCCAAGCUCGAACAAAGGACAUGUGCACUAACUUUUUUUAUUGAAUAUCUUGAGUGCUGAGAUUUGUUCUUUGUAAAAACAAAACUUAAAGCCAAAAGAGGUCAUGGUCCACUUGCAUAUCUUUAAAUGUCAUUUUUUUUGCACAUGUUUCAACUGUACAUGACGUUUUUAGUCUGAAGGCUAUUAUAGUGUAUGCAUAUUUAUUGUAAGAAUAGAAUGUUAAACUUUUCGUUUGCAAUAUGGAAAUUGUAUUUUGAUUCACCUGCCAUAUUUCAAUAUUUAAGCAGUGGGGUAACUAUGUAAAGGCAAACUAGACCCUUCCAUUUGAAGGUUACCAAAGGUUCGGCAACUUAAGUGUAUACGCAAAAGAACUGAAGUAUUGCAGCUAAUAGCUUAAACAAAGUGAACAAGCUCUACUACACAACAAUAUGUGGUCUCUAUUUUAUGAGCGUUCCUUUUUUAUAUAAUUUGCUAUUAAUGGUAAUUUCAAAACUUUUUAGGAAUAAUUGUUUGACAGUGACUAUGAAAAACCAUCAUUCCAACACUAAUGUAAUUCAUGAUCAUAUCCAGCCCUUAUUGUGCAAUCAACACAUUGGCAAAUGCAUCCUAUUCUUCAUUUCCCAUUUCUGAUUGUAAAUUUUUUCCUACAAUCAUUCUAUCAAAUGUAUAUUGCUGGGAAUACAGAAGGUGUUGGGUAUAUUUUUAGUCGCAGUUUAGAUCCAAAACUCCACCCCUAGACCAGCCUUACAUUUCUGUAGUAAUACAUUCUGGCUGCUUCAAAAAUAUCAAAUAAGUGUGGUUAUCUCUAUGUAAGUUUGCUGCUGCAAGUAUUUUUGCUGAGCCAAUGAACAUGAAUGUCAUCCACAUGCCAAGCUAAGCUAAUUACUCUGGCGCACAAGUUGAAAAUAGGGCAUGACUCUGGAAGUGAGGUGCAAUAUUACUGAAGACAGUGUGUGUGCACUGCUUUUCAUUUUGAAUUGAAACUUGGAAAGGAAUUUUAAUGGCUAGCAUUUGCUGUCAGCUUGUGUUUUAAAUGCAGCACUUACUGUGCACAUACACAGUUCAGAUGUGCCAACAGUUUUAAUUUUUUCUAUUAAAAUUAACCAUUUUGGAUAAUUGUACACUUUGAGAGAAUCUCAUUUACAUGUUCGGCCUGCUAAAGUUAGCACUCAGUUUUGCUUGUUUAGGACUGUUUGCAACUGUUUAAUGGAUCUAGUUUAAAAUAGAGAAAAGCAGCCCUCUAACCUGUUUGCUCAGAUUUCUCCAUUUUUUUGCAUUAUUUCCAUUUUGGCAAAACAUACCAAUCAUUUAGUAUUGUUGCCUACAUGGUGCCCUAUUAGCUUGACGUUGGACAUCUGAAUAAGCAUCUCCAAGUUGUAAUAUUCUAAUAGUUUCAACCAUUGUUUCUAUUUCCUGGUAAUAUAAUUACCAGGGAAUAAUAUUUAACUGUUGUAAAUAGUCUAGCAAUAGUGAAUGGGCUACAUUUUAACUUACAAUGGCUGUGCAGCUGAUGAGGCUCUGGACUAUACUAGGCUUAACUAGGAAGCGAUAGGUUAUGUAUUGGCACUUUAAUCACAUCUUUCCUGAUGUCAACCAUCUUAGGGAGUUAAAACUCUAAGUGAAAGGAAGACUCUAAUUUGGCUAAUGCAUUUAUGGAUUCUAGAUGUCAGUGAUAAAAUGGCAUUAAGAGGUUGCUUUCUUUCAUCUUACCUGGGAUACAGUGUGUUGUGGAGGUGAAGAGCCCAAAUUUUCUUGACUAGAUUCUGCCAGAUUUUUAUUUUUACUUUCCCACUAUCAUUUAUUUACCCUACACACUUCUUUUAUUCCUCUUUUAUCUGUCAUUUGAUUCUUCCAUUAUCUCUCUCGUUUUACUUCCUGACUUGCAUUUUGUUCCCCUUCAGCACUCUCACUACUUCUGUUGCUUUCUUCCAGACUGUGUGCUGAUCUAGUUUAUUAAAAUUUGCAUUUGGAGUGGGGGAUUGCUUCCUCUUUAAUAAAAUGCAUUUUUGGUAUCAAAACCUAUCCAGUGAGUGCACUUCUGAUUUGUGAUUUUUGUGGGAAAAUAGAUGAAAG